UUGCCUGCGAGCUUUUGUCUCUCCAGAGAUGUGCCUCCGUUGCUUCGUCCCGUGAGACACGCUGGAAAUAGAAAUGAAAGUUUAGUUUCCGCGGGUUUUAUAAUCCCGGGUGACGUCAGAGCUGCGAUGUCUGUUGAGCUGUUCAACUGUGCGACCAAAAUGGAUGACUCCAACAAUUUAAAGCAUAAGAGACAACGGUUUUGAUUUGCUUCCUAAUUUCUCCUGUUACACACUUCCUAAGUCAUUUCCUGAGGCUUUGCAAAGAGAUAUGCUCCUUAUUUGUUCCCACUUUUCAGAAAAACAUUGGCUAAUUUAACAAAAAACCAAUCUAGAGGAUGCAGUGAUAAGAUCUAGAUGUCUAUAAACCUCCAUAAAAAGAGCCUCUGUUGCUCAUAGGGGCUGGUUUAAGCUCAGUACUUGUAGCAUUAAAUUUUUUUAAACACUCAACAUCAGGCAUCAUUUUCGCUUACCAGUUUGUGACUAGUUCGCUAUUUGGCAUCAUUGAAAAUAUUCAAAAUACGAUCACACCAAUAAUGCUUUUUGUGAAUUAGUGGCAUUGUGAAGGUUUGGGUAGGUCUCAGUGGGAGGAGGCUCCAGGAUGGACCCAGAACUCCCUGGAUGGAUGGAUGGAUGGAUGGAUGUUAAGUCAACGUUAUCCUUCACAAAUUAGUGCUUUAUGCUUGUUUUCAUCUAGAUUGUGGUGGCAGCAUUAUGCUGUGGGAAUGCUGUUUUUUCAGCAGAGGGAAAUAAGUUGGUCAAAGUUGAUGGGAAGCUCGAUGGGGUUUAUUACAAGGCAAUACUCAAACAAAACGUGAGGUUUACUUUUCAUCGAGGCAAACAUACAUCCACCCUGACAACGAAAUGGUUUUGAUCCAAAUUUAAAUACGUAUGAAUGCUGUUGCAAAGCGGUGUAGAAACAACAUGAAUCAAACAAGCAAACUUCACCCCAAUUUAAUUCUUGAAAUUCUGUGGUAAUUUAAAACAUUUUAAACCCGGGAAAUGCACAGAAAUUGCACCUGCCACAGUUCCGGUAGUAUGAAUGCAACAUCAGUUUCAAACAGUUGUAUUAAAAACAACACGGCAUUCGUGAAAGCCAAAUCUGUAAUAACUGUGGCUCUGUGUGGACACCCAGGUGAACAUGCUGAGCCCCUUUCAUGGUUGCUCUCUGAUGGCCAGAACACAUAAAUAGAUUUGCCUAUUCAAAAAUGUACUCUGUUUCACUGUCCAUAAAUUUGCAUGAAUGCACGUUACACAGGAACUACAGGCAUUCAAGCCAGGUAUGAAGGUCAGAAAGGACUUAAUGGACACAUUCAGAAAGGAUGUAAGGAUAAGCUUGAGGCAGCUGAACUAAGCAGAGGACCAAGCAAUGGCAUUCGGUCAGAUUCUCCAGGCUCAUAUAAUGAGUGAUCUGCUGACGAUCCGUGAGAAAGGGAUCCUCGUCAGUCUGCUGGAACCACACUGUGAGUUGGUCAAAACUACUGUAGCCCAGAUACUCCAGGCUAGUGAUUCUGAGGGUGGGAGCCGACGCUGGCAUCGUUUGGACUGCGGUGUAGUGUGCCUUAUUGAGGACAUGUCUGUGCAAUCCUACUUCCUGCGUCUCUACUGUGUCCAGCGUGCCAAGUUACUGUGGGAGCAGGAAUUGUACAUUCCUUUCAAAUACACUGCAAGUCGUGCCUACUUCUAUACUUUCUCAGGAGAAAACCACCAGGUCGGCCUCAACUUUGCAAAUGAAUCAGAAGCAGAGGAGUUUCAGUCUGCAGUGGAGGCUGCUCAAGAAAAGAUGACAGUCAUGAUUAACAAGACAACAACUAUAGCUAACAGCAACUCAUUAAUCAAUCCACCUGUUUUAGGGGAAGAAAAACUGGAGAAUUUGUACGAGGACGCGAUUUCAAUCCCACCUGCUAGAGCCUCUCCAAGUUUGUUUUCAGAUCUGGAUCCUGGUAUGAGUAGGUUGUUGAUGAAGGCAAGACUCAGCGAGGAAGACCUAAAAAACAAACAUGUUGCUGAGGUUGUUGACUGCAUCAUUAAGCAGUUUGGAGGACUGGAAGCUGUGCAAAUGGAGCUGAAGAAGAAAGGCCCUGUCUCUCAGACUUUGCCAAGGGCUGCAGGGGUGUCCAUGUCCCUUGCUUUGCAGAAAGGGCCCUUACCACCGGUCCCCUCAACCCAAAACUCUCAAGAGACACCAUAUAAUGUAACCACGAUUGAUAAGAGUCAGGAUGCCCCUCCUGCUGCUCCAGCAGUAGAAACAUUGAGAAGAAGUGCAAGUUUUAAAGAUAUGGGCUCUUCAGCAGAACCACAAGGAAGCGAUCUAAUCUUGAAUGCACUGAGAGAAGUAUUCAGACAAAAGCAGAUGCUCCAGCAAAACUAAAAAUAUCAAAACUAAGACCUAAGAAAGAAGAAGCCAGUAGAUGAUGGGAAAGAACCUCAGCUUGCAAUAUAUGAUCUAAUUUAGAUUUGUAUUGUUCUCACCCAACGUCAUCAGUGCAGCAACAAGAAAGCUCUGGAGAUAAUGGAUGGUUCAAUGAAAAUGUUGAUCCUUCACAAGUCAGUAAAUGUAACAGCUUUAUUUUGUAACCAAUCACGAGCAAAUUUCCAGAGUAGCUUCCAAAUAAAAUAAUAUGGAAAUGUUGACUUUCA